AUGAAGUUCUCCACUACUGCUAUCAUCGCCGCCGCUGCUUCCUUGGUUUCUGCUGCUCCAGCUCCCUCGCCAACCGUCUCUGCUGUUCCAUCCGCUGUUGAGAGCUCCUUCGGUGUCCCAACUGAGGCAAUCAUUGGUCAGUUCUCCUUCGACUCCGAUGAGUACCCAUUGUCGGUUACCUACGGUGACCGCCGCUAUGUGAUCUUGCUCAACUCCACUAUCAUGGAGCAAGCCUAUGCCUCACUUCCUGGCGACAAGCAGAAGAGAGAGGCUGAAGCCGCCUGGGGCUGGUUGAGAUUCAUGCCAGGUGAGCCAUUUGUGAAGAGAGAUGCCGAAGCUGAUGCUGAAGCCGAGUGGGGCUGGUUGAGAUUCAUGCCAGGUGAGCCAUUCGUCAAGAGAGAUGCCGAAGCUGAUGCUGAAGCCGAGUGGGGCUGGUUGAGAUUCAUGCCAGGUGAGCCAUUCGUCAAGAGAGAUGCCGAAGCUGAUGCUGAAGCCGAGUGGGGCUGGUUGAGAUUCAUGCCAGGUGAGCCUUUCGUCAAGAGAGAGGUCGAGGCUGACCUCGAGGGUUAA